CUCCUACCGCCCGCCGCCGCCUCCUGCCCCGCGGGCCCGACCUGGCUGGAGAGACCCGCCGGCGCCGGCGUCGGCUACUGGGACAGCAACUGGGACAGACGCGAACCACUGGCUCUUGUUAACCUGAAAAAGAAAAAUGAAGAGACUGGGGAAGAAGAGCUUGCCUCUCGCCUGAAUCACUGCAAAGCAAAAGCUACCAGGCACAUAUUUCUUAUCCGCCAUUCUCAGUACAACUUGGACGGCCGAGCCGAUAAGGACAAAACUUUGACCCCCCUGGGUCGUGAACAGGCUGACUUGACUGGGCACAGGCUGGCAAGCUUGGGGUUGAAAUUUGAUAAGAUUAUCCACUCCUCCAUGACCAGAGCUACGGAAACAACAGAAAUCAUCAGUAAAUAUCUUCCAGGGGUCAAAAAAAUUAGCACUGAUCUGCUGAGAGAGGGAGCUCCUAUAGAACCAGAUCCUCCAAUCUCUCACUGGAAGCCGGAAGCUGUGUAUUACGAAGAUGGGGCUCGCAUUGAGGCUGCCUUCCGAAAUUACAUUCAUAGAGCCGAUGCAAAGCAAGAAGAAGAUAGCUAUGAAAUCUUUGUCUGCCAUGCAAAUGUGAUCCGCUACAUAGUUUGCAGAGCAUUACAGUUCCCCCCAGAAGGCUGGCUUCGGAUGUCCCUAAACAAUGGCAGUAUAACGCACUUGGUGAUCCGUCCUAAUGGAAGAGUGGCACUUCGAACACUUGGUGACACAGGAUUCAUGCCUCCGGAGAAAAUCACACGCACCUGAAUUAGUAUUAUUGAUGGCCAUUCUGGAGCUACCUCUAGUCUCUGCACUAGUAUGUUCAGCUACAGUACCACUAGAUUUGUUUGUAAUACCAGGUGUGAUGCUGUUAAAAUUGUAUUCUAACUUCCUGCCUCCACACAUGCCAUGCCUGCCUUUCAGUCUAGAAAAGAAGAAAUUCCAUUUUAUGUAUGGAAGAGAUAAAGUUGCUCACUUAAAUCCAGCAACCUUGCUCUGAGCUAUGAAGCAUGGAAAGACUUAAUGAUUUUGUUCCCAGUACAACCAAGCAUGCCAACUGCCUGGCUGUAGAGUGAAAGGUCCUCUUCCCUCUUUAACCAGAGCUUGGGUUUUUUCCAAGGACUUUGUUUUCCUUGUAGUAAGGAGCAAAAUGUGCAGAUCCUGCUGAGAGCAUCCUCUAUCACACUAAGCUUGAUAUUGAAGACAAGCAAAGCUGCUUAACUCUUGCAGAAGACAUGGAUGAUUUGUGUAGAAGUUCUGCUGUACAGAUGUGAGUGGCUGUGCUUUCAGUGCUAUAGAGGGAUAGUUGCACGACUCUUCUGCUUGUUGAAGUCUUGUACACAUCAGUGUGCUUGGUGGUAGGUAUAUUUGAAAGAAGGAUCUGCAUUAUGUUUACAGUGGAGCUUCAGUGCUGUAUUAACUGCUGUCCAAGUUCAGCAUUUUCCCCCUUCUCAGGAAAAAGCUAUUUUAAAUAAUGUUUGUUUAAGCAACAGUCUCUAACACUGCUAUUAUCUCAAGUCAGCUUACGCUAUGGAAGUGACUAGGGAACAUAGGUAAUCUUCUGUAAUAGUAGAAAUGGAAGAAAAGGGUAAGGACAAAUAGUAAUGUUGCAGGCUCUUUCUCCAGGCAGAUGCUAGCUAGAGAAGACCUAGGGGAAGGGAGGUGCUGAAGAGAGACUCGCUCGCUCCUUCCCUCCCCUCCCCAGUAGGUUUUAUGUAACUUUAGUUUUUUCCUUGCCUUUCACAGGCAGAUUAACUGUGCUGGCAGAAGCCUCUUUCAGGGUAGGAAAAAGCAUCUUAGGGAGAGAGCAGCCAGUGACAAAGUUAAAUCGCUGCUUGUCAAUGGCAAGUUAAAGGGAUUAUAGACACUCACACUCCAGAACCUUCUAGGGGAAUAUGUUCAGGCAAAAAGUUCAUGUACUUUUAUACAAAACUAAAGCUGGUAUUCAAGGGUGAUGCAGCACACGCUCUAUUCCCUUCAGGGUGUCUGAAAGGUGGCAGACAUGGACCAGAUAAAUGCUUAGGGUGCUGAAAGCUGCCAUGUACCAAAAACUAGGGUCCCUUAACUUAGCCGGGUGAUGGCAGAAUCCAUCAAGCCUGAGAUUUUCCUUUUUAAAAAUCUUUUUAAUUAGUUUAUUCAGCUCUUUCUCCAUUGGCAGCUAUCCAAAACUUUUAAUCAUGGAAGUCAUUCUCUAGGAACUCAUGCAGCUGAAACCAUAAGCUUGAUGCAAAAUACUGUGCAACACAGAUGCCAGUUCAAUAAAACUGGGACUAGCAGAGCAGCUAAAUCCUGCAGGAGAAAAAUGCACAUGGGGGAAACUAAAUGUGGGGUUGUUAAUCAAUGCAAGAAACUGUAAUUUAUCUACUUUGUUGGCUUUUUAACCGUUUUGAAUAAAAAUAACUGGUCUGGCUCUUA